AUGGCUCUUUCUCUCCAUAGAUGUGACGCAGACCCCUCGGCCUUAGCCAACUAUGUUGUGGCGUUAGUCAAGAAAGACAAACCAGAGAAAGAACUGAAAGCUUUCUGUGCUGAUCAGCUGGAUGUCUUUCUGCAAAAAGAAACUUCAGGUUUUGUAGAUAAACUUUUUGAAAGUCUGUACACAAAGAGUUAUCUUCCUUCUCUUGAACCCACGAAAGUAGAAGCCAAGCCUGCAGGUCAGGAAAAAGAAGAAGUCAAGGAGGAGUUGUCUCUUAAACAGAAUUUUCAAGAGUCAGUUGAAGAAGAGCGGGAUAGCAGGAAAAAGAAGUAUUCCAGUCCACAGAGAAGCCGUGCAGAUUCCAGUGAACAAAGAACCAGAGAGAAAAAGAGAGAUGAUGGAAAAUGGAGGGACUAUGACAGAUACUACGACAGGAGUGACUUGUACAGAGAGAAGUCUGGCUGGCGACGUGGCAGGAGUAAAAGUCGUAGCAAAAGCAGAGGGUUAAGCCGAAGUCGUAGCCGCAGUAGGGGUAGAAGCAAAGACCGUGAUACAAACAGAAGUGUUG